AUGGUAGUGGAAAAACGGGAGAUAGUUGAGAGGGGUCUGACAGCUACGGCAGUAGCGGUCCCAGAGUCUGUUGGGAAAAGACACGUAAGUGAGGUUGUGGAUGGGCGCGCUGAGGCUGCAGAGAAGGUCGCCGAGGGCGAGCUUAGAGCUCGCGAUCCGCGAAUCUGGGCUGCAUAUUUGCAACUGGCUUUCAAUGCCAGUCUGCUCUUGGUGGCGCUCUUUCUUGUAUUUGAGUUCAUCGUUACAGUGAGGAACGAUGUGAAACACAAGCUGCGCGCCCAGAUGGUAGCAAGCCUCACGAGAAUUGGAAAAUGUCAGAAGAAUUACGAUGAUAAUGGGUGCUUGCCUGAUACAAUGGUGCCCGCGUUGGAUCGACUAUGUGACGAAUGGUUGCACUGCAUGCAGCAGGACUCUCGUGAGCUGCAUCUGUAUCAGUCCGGGAGGCUUUGGGCGGAAACACUGGCAGAAAUCCUCAACUCAUUUGUGGAGCCAAUCAGCUUAAGGUCAAUUUUGGUAAUAGUGAGCAGUGCAUGCGUUCUGGUGAUGGUCACGAAUGUCGCUUUUAGAUUUUACCCUGUGCACUAUUUCUAA